ACUAAUAACCAGAGCAACCGGAAAUUCUCCUCUAUCUCUCUCUCUCUCUCUCUCUCGCCGCUGCUCUAUGGAUUCUUCAUCUCCUUGUUCCGUCAUCAUCGUCGGAGCAGGGAUUUCCGGUAUAUCGGCCGCGAAGUUAUUGGCGGAGAACGGAGUGGAUGAUUUGGUGAUACUCGAAGCUUCGGAUCGUAUUGGAGGGAGGAUUCGGAAGGAAGAUUUUGGAGACGUGUCGGUGGAGUUGGGUGCCGGUUGGAUCCAAGGCGUUGGCGGGAAGGAAUCUAAUCCGGUUUGGGAAUUAGCUUGCGAAUCAGGUCUUCGCACUUGCUUUUCCGAUUACAGUAAUGCUCGUUUCAACAUCUACGAUCGAAGUGGGAAGAUAUUCCCAAGCGGUUUAGCUGCGGCUUCGUAUAAUAAAGCCGUGGACUCGGCGAUUCAGGAACUCAGGAAUCAGGAGGCUAUGCUAAGUGGCCUCUCCACAGGACCGGAACCAUCAUCGGCACCAAAGACUCCAAUAGAGCUAGCCAUCGAUUUCAUCCUCCAUGAUUUUGAGAUGGCAGAGGUAGAACCAAUAUCAACAUAUACAGAUUUUGGGGAGAGAGAAUUUCUUGUAGCAGAUGAAAGAGGAUACGAAUUCUUGCUAUAUAAGAUGGCGGAAAGUUUUCUUUUCACCUCUGAAGGUAAAAUCGUGGACAAUCGUCUUAAGCUAAACAAGGUAACAUUUCUAAACUCUUUCUAUUUGCUGUUAUCAGUUCUUUUCCAAACAUCAGAUUGA